GCGGCAUCCGGGCGGCCUGAGGCUGAGUGAUUCACAGAUGCCCUGGUCCCAGGUUUAAUUGAAUUCUAUGAAGUGGCAAUAUCACACUUGACAGCCUGCUGAGUUGACUGCCUUUUUAAGGAUAUACAUCAGAAGAAGCCACAAGCCAGCCGGAAUAGCUCCUGGAUGAGAUUUAAUUCCUGUUUGCAAUUGUUUCGAAGUGGGGGGGAUACCCUCUGGAUCAGAAUUAAAAUGCUCUGGUUUCAAGGAAAUAGCCUGCAGAUUGCCAAAUCCUCCUUUCGACUCUUGAGAAAUCUCUCUGCUUCUAACACAGCUCUGCCUGUGCUGACCUUAUUCACAAAGGACCCAUGCCCACUGUGUGAUGAAGCUAAAGAAGUACUCCAGCCUUACAAAGACAGGUUUAUUUUACAGGAGGUGGACAUCACACUUCCAGAAAAUUCAACUUGGUAUGAAAGGUAUAAAUUUGACAUCCCUGUCUUCCAUUUGAAUGGCCAGUUUCUGAUGAUGCAUCGAGUAAAUACCUCAAAGCUUGAAAAACAGCUUUUGAAACUUGAGCAGCAGGUGCUGGAGUCAAACUGAUGUCUUCUGAUUGAUGCAAGUACCCAGAUGAGAAGUUUACUUAUAGGCAUCUUGUGAACUAAGAAAAAUACAGUGUAUAGUGGGCGGAGCCAUAGGAACAACGAGGUCUAUUUGUUGAGCUUAUUUCCUUUUGUGAGUGUGGAUAUACUUCUCAUGUACUGGACAGUGCCCUGACAGGGAGCAGGCUCUGCAGUCCUGCAUCCAAGCAACCGGGGAACCUAACUUUAGCGGAGUAAAUGCUUGUACACUCAUUAAAGUGGAAUGUGAAUUGUUAAUAACUAUGCACAGUUGAGAAAGGGAUGUUUUAACGAACACAUCCGUAUGCAGCCUAUUUCAGUGAAAUUUAAUAAUACCUGUUUAAAAUUAGCGUUCACUUUUGUUGAGUAGAAUAGAAUAAUUGUCCUAACCAAAAAGACUUCACUUCAGGAAGACAAAAGACACUUAAAGCUGCAGACUGUGUAUAGCAGACUCAGCUGUACAUGUCAUCAUGGGAUUGGUUUGUAAUGUUGAGGACUGCAGUAAGUUAUUGUCAAUUAAGUUAAUUCAACUCAUUGUAAGAUAGUAACUUUGUCAGAUUUGUGUAUCUUAGAAAAUUUUAUUUUAAUCAUAGCUGAACAUAUCUAAGCAUUAAGUAUCAUUUUAUAUAAAAUAUUAAAUGUGGUUUUGUACUCUGAUUUCUAUUUUGUCAGAUAUGGCAAACAUUAGAAUGGAUUCACUUAAAAACAAAACUGUCUUUUUUCCUUAAAUCACUUCCUAUGACGUUCUGUGAACUGUUUGGAUGUUAUGAGCCACGAGGUCUGUAAGGGCUCAGUGUGACUUAGUCUUAGAAUUAUAGAAUAAUGGAGCCUGCUAACCGUAGACAUUGUCCUUACAUUAUACGUGAGAAAGAAUCUAACGCUCAGGGAGUUUGAGGGACUUAAUCCAUGGUCACCCAGCCACUCAGCCACUGGGCCAGAAUCUUCACAUUUCUAAUGUUCUCUGGACUUACAUAGUGAUUCAAAUACAGCAACUCCAGCUACUUGUGGGUUCAGCACAAAGUAAGCCCUCCAAAGUCACUAUUAAAAAAAAAAGCCUAUAGUGGCCAGAGAGAUAGCUCAGUGGUUAAGUGCACUCAAUGCUUUAACAGAGCACCCAGGCUCAUUCCCAGUACCCACAUGUUGGCUCACAAAAUAACCCCAGCUCCAGGAGAUCCAGUAGGCACAUACAUGGUGCAUAUCCAUGCAUGUAAGCAAAACAUUCAUACACUUGUUGAACCCUGUGGUAGACAGACUUCUAAAAUGAUGCCAGUAUCCUCAUCCUUGUAUAAUUCGGUCCCCUAUGAGGGUGAGUGGAAAUGACUUUGGUGUAGCUAUGUUAUACUAUUUGGCAAAGGGAGGGAACUAUCUUGGGUAUCCCUGCCCUAAUUAAGUAGGCCACUGAAAAGCUCCACAGAAGCCAAAGAGGUCAUUCCUAGCUACCCUGGAAAGGAAGAAAAUAUCCCUCUCUUGUGAACUGCCUGUUUGGGGCCACAUAGCAAGAAACUGGGGGAAGUCUCUAGGAAGUAAAUAGUUCUUGAGACAAUAGCCAACAGGAACAUGGAGACGUUAGUCAUAACUUCAAGGAGGUAAGUUCUGCCAAUAAUCAAUGAUUUCAAAGAAUCCCUAGCCCUGGGAGAGAACUGUUGCCCUAGAUCCUCAACGUCAACUUAGUGAGUCUGAGCAGAGAGUCCAAGUCCUCCAAGCCAGACCUUCAAAUACUAGGGUUGGCCCUAAAGGCUGGAAUUUGGCUCCUCUGAAGAAAUAUUAUGCUUAGUAUUACCAUGUUGUCAUAGUGCCUAAGAAGUGCAGGGACUAAAGGUAAAAUAGUGCUGCAUAUUUGCUUUAUAUUGAUUAUAUUUGUUUUAUAAUUGCUUAUAUUGAGCUAUAAUGUUCUAUAAUUCUAAGACUAACUCACACUGAGCCUUAUAGAUCUGGUGGCUCAUGAUACCCAAACAGUUCACAGAACUUCAUAGGGAGCUGAUUUAAGGGGAAAAAAGACAGUUUUGUUUUUAAAUGAAUCCAUUCUGAUAUUUUUUUCAAAUCUAACAAAAUACAAACAAAUAUAUAAGCAAAAUAUAAACAAAAAUGGUAGACUCUUUUCAAACUAAACUUUUACAAUAUGGCUGGGUACAGUGGUAAACACCUUUACUUCCAGCACUCAGGAAGCAAAAUCAGACAGAUCCGAUCUCUCUGAGUUUAAGGCCAGCCUCUACAUAGUGAGCUCCAGGACUGCCAGAGCUACAUAAUAAAACCCUUUGUCAAAAAUAAAGAUAAGUCCACAAUGUACUUACAAGGUGUUCAGACUGAAGUGGAAAUUUCUAGUUUCUUUGAAGAUUCAGUUGUAUCAUGUGAUGUUUUUUCUGGAAACUGACUUAUGAGAGAAUAUUUUUGCUGAAGCAGACACGUGAGAGGAAGUUUUGCUGAGAACAGACAAGUUUUUCUGGAAGCAGCCUGGAAAGGGGCAUAUGACGUUUUGCUGGAGUGGACACUUGACAAAACACAUGCUGUUUAAAAGGGUAUAAGUAUAACCCACCAGACAAUGGCUGCUGCUGUAUGGCAUUGAUCCACCUUGCCACUCUUUGCUAUUCAUUGUUUAUCAUGACUUCUUAGAAAAAAAUGCCACCAAAGAA